AUGAACCGCUACCUCGGGUUCCCCUCGGAAGAUGAAGACAUCCGCCGACUACUGAAGAUGAUCGAUACGGACGGCAGCGGAAAGAUAUCCUUCGACGAGUUUCAGGAGUAUGUUGGGAAGAUGGGUGGAAGCGGGAAACUCUUUGAGGAGCGGCAGAAGCGCAUCAAGCAGAAGCUGGGCUAUGAUCUCCAUGAGAGUGCCGACACGGAAGCGAUCUCUGCCCAGUUGACUUCUGCAGGCAUCGACAGGGAAGCUCAAGCCUACUGGAAAAUGGUCGUGCAGCAAUCCGAAUUCCAGGAGGCGGCCAAGCUUCGUGACUGUCAACAGAAGGCCGUAAAGCACAUCCGGGCCCUUGCAAAGAAGAACCACCAACAGGCGUUGCCAGAGCUGCAGAAGAGAGUGACCAGUCUUCGUUUUCAGGAAGACGAUCUUUGGCUGACUUUGGCCUGGAUUCGCGAGCUGGCCCCAGUCAUCAUUCACGUCAAUCUGGAUAAGAUGCUCCCGUUCAUGGAGAAGGAUACUCACUACCGAAACCAGUUCGAGACAAACACAUCUGGUGGGCUGUUGAAGCCGGCCACACGGGAAAAAUGGGAGAGGGACUUGUUCGGUGGUUCCUACGAUGGGAGUGUUGGAAAAGACCGUCCGAAAUAUGGAGUGCAGAACGUCAUGAACGACCAUCGGGGAGUGGUUAGGUGUUCGCAAUAUGGUGACUCGUAUCUCAUUCUAAAGGACGUGCGGCUCCGAUGUACUUUCUCGCCAGAAGAUUCUGCAAAUCUCAAGGGGGACAAGCUGGCGGUGCUGGACUUUUAUGCUCAUGUUCUGCUCCAGUACGAUGUAGCGGAGCUUUCAGAGACCAUCAAGGUGGCCACGUCCAAGGAUGCGGCCCUCCUGGGAGAUUCGGACAAGGUGGGGAAGAUGAAGUACAAGGAAGCCCAGAUCCAUGGGGAGGUCGAUCUCCGCAGGCACGUCGAGCGCUUGGUGGCACACACGCGGCAUCGAGGAACAAGUGAGGGUGCUCGGAUCCAGGCCAUGUGCAAGCAGAAAGGCUUCGGCUUCUCCUGGAUGGACGAGGAACAGGAGCGCAUGCGCAAAGAAAGCAUCGGGCAGCUGGGAGGUGCCGCUUGGCAAAAGCGAUUGCAACAGCUUCAAGAGGAUGGCGGUGAGCUGGAGGUGCCGGAAGGCUACUGCAAAGUCGGGUGUGGACGCAGGGUGGCUCCCGGCGUUACCCGAGCCGGCCGACAAUUCACGACAUGCUGUCGUGGCUGCAUCAUGGGAUUUGGCCACGACCUUCGUUGUGGACGAAUCGAUGCCUCGAAGGUCGGCCCGGGUCUUUGCAAGAACGGUUGUGGAUUGAAGGUCGCACCUGGAGUGGACUCAAAGGGCCGGCCUCUCACCACUUGCUGUAAGGGCUGUGCCCUAGGAAUGGCCCACGACCGCUUCUGCCAGAAGGCUCCGCCAAAGGAUUCUGUAACUUCGGGCUAUGCGAAGCCGCUGGAGUCUUCCGGACUCUGCAAGAUCGGUUGUGGCCGGAAGGUUGCGCCGUCCAUUCCGCAUCCUGUGGCGGACAUCGCACCGUUCCGGGGCAUGCUGCUGGGCCUUUUUUUCGUCACCGUGGGCUUCUCCUUCGACCUGUCCGUGCUGACGCACCACUGGCUAACCGUGGUGCCGCUGCUGCUGGCCGUGCUCGUGCUGAAGGCUUUGGUGGUCCUCGUGUUGGGACUUUGGCAUGGCCUCUCCGAUGCCUCCUCUCUCCAGGCCUCUGCCCUGUUGGCUCCGGGUGGGGAGUUUGCUCUCGUGCUCUUUCGGCUUGCAGAGCACGUUGGCAUCAUGCCAUCGAACGCGGCGACUAUUCUUGUGACAACUUCCGUGAUUUCCAUGGCGGUGACACCUCUACUGGCGGCCGGAGCAGAUGGGGUGGCACGCAGGCUUCGACAGCGACGGGGUAUGCGAAACCUGGAGGGGCAAGAUCAGCGAGCAGCUGCCGAUGUUCAGAAGAUCACCAAGAGCGGAGACGGCUUCGUUGCUAUAUGUGGUUACAACAUGAUUGGGCGCACCGUGUGCAACUUGCUCGAUCAGGAGGGUGAGGCACAGUACAUAGUUUUCGAGGACGAUCCCGCCGUCGCAACAGAGGCAUCAGUCUUCGAUUACUCAAAGAUGGCAUGGCCAGUCUGGCCUGCGCUCCUCGCAGUGGUGCUGGGUAGGGCUCAGGAGGUGCCUUUGUUGUGUGCCAAUGUGACACAGUCAGGAUUUGAUCCUGAUUGCCUGCCGACAGAAAUCCGAGAUUUCUCGGAUGUGGGAGAAGUGGGCAAGGAGCCGCCAUACAUCUACCUUCAGUGGAUGUUGGCUGAGACAUGUGGGGUUCACUUGGCCGAAUUCAAGACGCAGUUCGCUACGCUUCCACAGGUGUUGUCCCGAGGAAUGAAGAGCGUCUUCGUCAACUUCUUCGUCUAUGCAAUCGGGAAUUUCUUGGCCGUCGGGGUGAUGAGUGUCUUCUACGUGGCACCGCUGGGGCGUCGUUGCUGGGGGCUCUUUCGAGUCGGCUCCAUGGGCUACAAGCGCUUCGUGGGGUUCCCCUGCAUUGGGCGGGAAGAGCCGAUAUCAUGUAAAUGGUUCCCAACGAUGUAUGCACCGGCGCCCCCGCCGCCGGCAGCUGAUGACGCUUUGCUGCGCGAUUUUCUUGCUCCCAGCCCAGUGCAACAAGUGCAAGAUGACGCGUUGCUGACGUCCUUCUUGGGAGAUUCUCAACCGAAGGCUCCGCCAGGUGAUGACCUGGUUCUGGAGUCCUUCUUCAGCACCGCAGCUCCACCAGCCCCGCCAGGCCCCCCCAACCCCCCACCACCUCCGAGCAACUUUGCGGUGAGCCUGCCGCCAGGCCCUCCACCACCAUACGCAGCAUGCGCACCGUCACCGUCGCUGGACUCGCUUCGCACGCUGCCACCAGACACCUCCGCCUCCGAGUUUUGGGCUCCAAUGCGAAUCUUGGCUCCAUCAUUCCGGCAGAGACGCCAGGAUGAGUCUUCUCGGCACCUGCGCUCACGCAGCUCUCCUACCCUCUUCUCCGUGCAGGAGGAGGCUGACAUGGCUCGCAGCGAGGACGACAGGCUCUUGAAGGCUAUCUUGGAUGAUGCCUUGGACCCCAUUCCUGGACAAUGGGCAGGCCCGUGCAGAACGUCAUCCAGCGUUGCCAGACAUCCACCGACGCCUCAAAGGUUCCAAGAAUCUCGCGACGAUGUGGCCCUCUCCCACAUUCUGGCAUCACCACGGCCAAAGUCAGGACAGAAGAGCGCCGCCUUGACCAGAUUGCUGCAAAGUAUUGACAGAACAGGGCGUACAGCUUCCGAUGACGAUGCCUUGCUCAGUGCAUUGGGUUGGUCAUCUGCGCGGACGUCUUCAAGAGCAGAGCGAGCCCGCCGUGACGACCUGAGUCACGUACUGGAGUCACUGACCCCUUCUGCAAAAGAUGACAUGGCUCUCGCCAAAGCCCUCGGCCAGCGUCCGCCGCCCCCGAAAAUGCCCCGAUCAAUCUUGCUGUCACUUGUGUCUGACAUGAUUAGUAACAAGAUGGCCAAAAGAAGGGCGUCGAACGCGGAGGUCUUCGCUGGAGGAAGAGGGCGUGGCGCACGCUUAGACCAGCUCUGUCGGCCAGUCGGCCUGACUGUGGCAAACGAUGGAUCGGUCUUUGUCGCGGAUUGCGGCAACUGCCGCCUGCUCAAGUAUUCAGGGCCCGCAACAGUGUCUGCGGUUCUUGGUGGUCCGAACACACAUUCUUGGUUCAGUCCGAUUGAUGUGACCUUCUCAGAAGCGGGCCUGGGAUCUGUCAUCGUGACUGCCGGCAGUGGGGUGCACCUUGGAUCCUUCCAGGACCAGAGUCUGACACUAAUUGCAGACGGCUGUCUUCCUUCAGGGAUAGCCCUGCAACAGGAUGGCAGUCUUCUGUUUGCAGAUGCUUAUGACCACUGCAUUGUCCAGUGUGUUUGGAAAGGGGGUGCGCUUAGAAGGAUUGUGGCCGGUGCGGCGUCAAACCAAGCAGCAGUCGGGCAGGACUUGUCUCGGCUCCAUCGGCCUUUUGGGAUUGUCACGCAAGCGGACGGUGCCGUCUUCAUCGCCGACAGCGGCAAUCACCGGAUCCUGAAGUGGAUGCCCGGAUCGAGCAGGGGGGAGUUGGUGGCCGGUGGCAACGGCCGUGGGAGAGAACUUAAUCAGCUGAAUUAUCCAAGAGGCAUUACCUUGGAUUUCAACGGGGAUCUCCUGGUCGCCGACACUUUCAACCAUCGGGUUCUCCGUUGGAGACAAGGUGCCAGCACAGGUGAGCUCGUCUUUGGCCGUGACCACGGCCCGAAGCUCGACCAGCUGAAUCGGCCGACUGCUGUAGAACUGCUGCGAUCCACGAGACAGCUUCUCAUUGCGGACUCUGGUAACCACCGAAUCCUGAGUGUGAACUUCUGA